AUGUUGUACUCCACUCUAGCUGGCUGUCUCCUGACAGCCCUGCCUAUCGUCAACGCUGCCGGCACCUGUCCCUUCUCCAAGCGCGAGGACUCCUCCGAGACUCUCGACAAGAGGCAGAGCAACGCCAUCCCCAACUUUGGACGAUGCGCCGUCCAGAGCAACGUUGCUGGUGGUGGCACCAGGAGCAGUGACUGGUGGCCUUGCCAACUGAGGCUUGAUAUCCUGCGCCAGUUCUCCUCAGAGAUCAACCCUGAAGGCGGCGACUUUGACUACACCGAGGCUUUCAAGACCCUGGACUACGCCGCGCUGAAGAAGGAUCUGCUCACGCUCAUGACGGAUUCUCAGGACUGGUGGCCAGCUGACUUUGGUCACUAUGGUGGCUUCUUCAUCCGCAUGGCUUGGCACAGCGCCGGUACCUACCGCGCUCUCGAUGGCCGCGGUGGUGGUGGCAUGGGCCAACAGCGUUUCGCGCCCCUCAACAGCUGGCCUGAUAACCAGAACCUCGACAAGGCUCGUCGACUGCUUUGGCCCAUCAAGCAGAAGUAUGGCAACAAGAUCUCGUGGGCUGACCUCAUGCUUCUCACUGGCAACGUGGCUCUUGAGUCCAUGGACUUUAAGCCCUUCGGCUUUGCUGGUGGUCGUCCCGACACCUGGCAGUCCGACGAAGGCAUCUACUGGGGUGCCGAGACCGCCUUCGUUCCUCAGGGUAACGAUGUCCGUUACAACGGUAGCACCGAUGUUCGUGAGCGCGCUGAGCACCUCGAGAAGCCGCUCGCUGCCACUCACAUGGGCCUGAUCUAUGUCAACCCCGAGGGACCUAACGGCAACUCGAUCCCCGCCGACUCUGCUCUCGAUAUCCGUGUGGCUUUCGACCGCAUGGGUAUGAACGAUGAGGAGACUGUCGCUCUCAUUGCCGGUGGACACGCCUUUGGCAAGACCCACGGCGCUGUAAAGGGUGAGAACAUCGGCCCCGAGCCUGAGGCCAACGAUAUGGGAAUGGGCCUCGGCUGGCACAACCGCGUCAACAACGGAAACGGCCCCGACACCAUGACCAGUGGCCUGGAGGUCAUCUGGACCAAGACUCCCACCAAGUGGAGCAACGGCUACCUUCUCAGUCUGUUGAACAACCAGUGGGAGCUUGUUGAGAGCCCUGCCGGCUCCAAGCAGUGGCAAGCUAUUAACGGAACCAUCGACUACCCCGACCCAUUCGACAAGACGAAGUUCCGCCCUGCCACUAUGCUCACUAGCGAUCUUGCUCUCAUCAACGACCCCUCGUACCUGAAGAUUUGCAAGCGCUGGGUCGACCACCCCGAGGAGCUCGCCGACGCCUUCGCUCGUGCCUGGUUCAAGCUUCUGCACCGUGACAUGGGACCUCGUUCUCGCUACCUCGGCCCUGAGGUGCCUAAGGAACAGCUCAUCUGGCAGGACCCUCUCCCUGCCGCCAAGGGCAGCCCCAUCUACGACGCCGAUGUCGCCUCGCUGAAGAAGACUAUUCUUUCCACUUCAGGCCUGACCGUCUCCAACCUCGUGACUGUUGCCUGGGGCUCCGCCUCAACCUACCGCAACUCAGACAAGCGUGGUGGUGCCAACGGUGGCCGCAUCGCUCUCGAGCCCCAGCGCAGUUGGGCCGUUAACAACCCCGCUCAGCUGACCAAGGUCCUCACUGCCCUCAAGGGCAUCCAGAGCAGGUUCAACCGCAACGGCAAGAGCGUCUCUCUCGCUGAUCUCAUCGUCCUCGGUGGUACUGCCGCCGUCGAGAAGGCCGCCAGGGAUGCCGGGUUCAACAUUGUCGUUCCCUUUGCCCCUGGUCGUGUCGAUGCCACUCAGGACCAGACCGACGUCACAUCCUUCGGCCACCUUCAGCCCGCGGCCGACGGCUUCCGCAACUACGGCCAGAGCACGGCCCGCGCCCGCGCCGAGGAGAUCCUUGUUGACAAGGCCUCUCAGCUCAAGCUCAGCCCUCCCGAGCUCGCUGUUCUCGUCGGCGGCCUCCGCGUUCUGGGCGCCAACUUUGACGGCUCCAAGAAGGGUGUUCUGACGUCCAAGGUCGGCCGCCUGACUAACGACUACUUUGUCAACCUCCUUGACAUCCGCACCAACUGGACUCCCGACAGCAGCUCCGAGGUCUGGACUGGCAAGGACCGUGCCACCGGUGCCACCAAGUGGACCGCCACGCGCGCCGACCUCGUUUUCGGUUCUCACGCAGAGCUCCGCGCCGUUUCUGAGGUGUACGGCAGCGCUGACGCCGCUGAGAAAUUUGUCAGGGACUUUGUUAAGGCUUGGGUUAAGGUCAUGAACCUUGACCGCUUUGACCUUUAG